GAGAGAGCAUUAGAAGAAAAUGGAGAGUAAAACUCAUAUCCUAUUACUUCCUUACCCCAUACAAGGUCACAUAAACCCAAUGCUCCAAUUCUCUAAGCGCCUAGCCUCAAAGGGUCUUAGAGUCACAUUUAUCACUACAACCUCUGUUAGAAAUUCCAUCCAAGCCAAUGCCAGCAGCUCUAUCAACUUUGAGACCAUCUCUGAUGGCUCUGAGGAGGUCCAAAUUGUGGAAACCACUUAUCAAACACUCGAGCGUUUCGAGUCCAAAGUCUCACAGAGCUUAGCAAAGCUCAUUGAGAGAAAUAAUCGCUCGAAAUACCCACCAAAAUUUGUUGUGUAUGACUCAUUUCUGCCAUGGGCUUUGGACGUAGCUCGUCAACAUGGCCUAGAUGGAGCUCCAUUUUUCACUCAGCCAUGCGUGGUUAAUGCCAUCUAUUAUCAUGCAUAUCAAGGAGCAAUUCAGAUGCCCUUUGAAGAAGGAUCUUCGAUAUCGUUGCCGUCGAUGCCGUCACUAGGGAUCAAUGAUAUGCCUUCGUUUCUUCAUGAUACGGGGUCGUACCCAGAUGUGUUAAAGCUUGUGGUGAAUCAGUUCUCAAAUUUACAGGAUGUGAAUUGGCUCUUAUGCAACACUUUCGACAAGUUGGAAGAUGAGGUAGUAAAUUGGAUGGCAAGUCACUGGCCUAUCAAAACAAUUGGACCAACUAUUCCAUCAAUAUAUUUAGACAAGCAGUUGGAGGAUGACAAAGAGUAUGGUCUCAACUUGUUCAAGCCCAAUAUGGACACUUGCAUGAAGUGGCUAGACACAAAAGAAGUUGGCUCUGUGGUUUAUACAUCAUUUGGAAGCCUGGCAGCCCUAGGAGAAGAACAGAUGGAGGAGAUAACAUGGGGACUGAAGAAUAGCAAUUGUGACUUCUUAUGGGUAGUUAGAGAAUCUGAAGUAAAAAAACUUCCCAAAAAUUUUUUAUAUGAAACAACAGAGAAGGGAUUAGUUGUGAGUUGGUGCUCUCAACUAGAAGUGUUAGAUCACAAGGCAAUUGGGUGCUUCAUGACUCAUUGUGGAUGGAAUUCGACGCUAGAGGCGUUAAGUUUGGGAGUGCCAAUGGUUGCAAUGCCACAAUGGACAGAUCAACCAACUAAUGCAAAGUUUAUUGCGGAUGUGUGGAAGGUAGGGCUUAGGAUUAAAUUGAAUGAAAAAGGCAUUGCUACCAAAGAAGAAAUAGAGCUAUGCAUAAGGGAAGUAAUUGAGGGAAAGAGAGGAAAAGAGAUGAAGAGGAAUUCAUUGAAAUGGAAAAAUUUGGCUAAAGAGGCAAUGGAUAAAGGUGGAAGUUCAGAUAAAAAUAUAGAUGAAUUUGUGGCAAGACUUGCACACUCUUAAUUUUAGUGUAGGUAGUAAUUGAACUUCAAAUCUUUUAAUUUCAAUUUUAAUGUAAGCAAAAACUCUUUAUUCAAAUAAUGGUUAAGAAGAAAUGUAUGAUUUCAGUUUAAUCUCUUGCUAUGAAGCCACAUGUAUAUGGAUCAUCAAUAUAGAA